AUGGGGUUUUACGAUGUGGGUGUUCUCUUUGUUAUAGCCGCUGUAGCCAACAGGGGUUUGGACGAAGGAAACAUUGGAAGUGUCGAAAUGCUUAGUGAGCUAACUUGUGUCUCUCGCACGUGCGCUAAAGUAACACAUGUGAAGAUCUCAGUCCCGCUAUAUAGCCAUACCCGCACAAUCCUCGAGUUUUGCAAGCGAUUAGCUCAUCUCCACCAAGACAUCCACAUCACAUGCAUCAACCCCACAGUUAAAUCUUCUUGCAACGAUGUCAAAGCCCUUUUUGAAAACCUUCCACCAAACAUAGACAGCAUGUUCCUUCCACCUGUAAAUUUGGAUGACAUGCCCGAAAAGCCACACAUUCCAAUCUUAGUUCACGCCACAAUUACUAGCUCUCUGCCUUCAAUUUACAAUGCCUUGAAGACACUCCAUUGUUCUUCUAACUCAAUAGGGCUUACUUCCAUUGUUGUUGAUGUUUUAAUCACCCAAGUGUUGCCAAUGGCCAAUGAGCUCAAUGUUUUGUCCUAUGUCUAUUUCUCUUCCACAGCCAUGUUGCUAUCACUCUGCUUAUACCCUUCCACGUUCGACAAGACAAUUUCUUGUGAGACUGUAGAGAUACCCGGUUGCAUGCUGAUUCAUACAACCGAUCUCCCCGACCCGGUUCAAAACCGAUUCAGAUGCAGCGAAGAAUACAAGGUGUUUCUUGAAGGUAACAAGAGGUUCUAUUUAGCUGAUGGUGUGAUUAUCAAUAGUUUCUUUGAUCUUGAACCAGAGACCUUUAGAGCCUUGCAAGAAAAUAAGGGGACAAGUUCCACAUCAAUUCCUCAUGUUUACCCGGUAGGACCCUUGGUACAAGAAGGGUCAUGUGAAACUCAUGAGAGUCAAGGAAAUGAAGGUGAAACUCAUGAGUACAUGAGAUGGUUGGACAAGCAGGAACAAAAUUCGGUGUUGUAUGUCUCAUUUGGAAGUGCUGGGACACUCACUCAUGACCAAUUCAAUGAGCUUGCAUUGGGAUUGGAAUUAAGUGGUGAGAAAUUCUUGUGGGUGAUAAGACCACCUCAAAAACUUGAAAUGAUUGGUGACUUGAGUGUUGGACAUGAGGACCCUUUGGAGUUUUUACCAAACGGGUUCUUGGAGAGGACAAAGGGGCAAGGCUUUGUUGUUCCUUAUUGGGCAGACCAGAUUGAGAUCCUCGGUCACGGCGCGAUCGGCGGGUUCUUGUGCCAUUGUGGUUGGAAUUCCAUGCUUGAAAGUACUCUCCAUGGCAUUCCAAUCGUAGCAUGGCCACUUUACGCCGAUCAGAAGAUGAUUGCAGCUUUGUUUAGUGAUGGUUUGAAAGUUGCUCUAAGGCCUAAACCAAAUGAGAAGGGGAUUGUGGGAAGGGGAGUGGUAGCUGAGGUCAUAAAGAAUAUACUGGUAGGUGAAGAGGGUAAGGAGAUUCAGCAAAGAAUGAAGAGGUUGCAAGAUGUUGCUAUUGACGCACUGAAGGAAGAUGGAUCUUCAACAAGGACAAUAACACAAUUAGCACUCAAAUGGAAAAGGUCAACGGUCUAAAGGGAAGAGAACUAAGUGCGUAUUUAGAAACUCAAUUUAAAAACACGGUAAAACCAAAACUACGAUGGACUUAAGCAAUUUUCUUUAAUUUUUACUAUUAUCCACUAUGAUUUUGUCUUCACUAUAUUUUUAUAAUGAAUUUCUAAGCAUACACAUAAAUAAAAUAGGCUCACAUGUGAU